ACACUUCGGGCCUAGUACUGCUGGCUUUACACCAUAAUUACUCGUCCAACAGCACUGGUUAUUCCAUCUGUGUGCCACUUCUACUUCCAGGCAACAAAUUAAGAUGGCACGUCCAGCCAACAUGGUAGCACCUUGGCCUUCAAUCCUUCACGUUCAUUUCUUUUUCUUAUUUUCUAUAAGCAUUCUCAGCUUACGACCUGAGAUUUGUCUCAGUUAUAAUUUGGUAAAUGAGACUGAUCGGAUUUCACUUUUGGAGUUCAAAGCCAAGAUAGCCGCUGAUCCAUAUGGAAUCUUGAGCUCAUGGAACGAUUCUGUCAACUUCUGCAAAUGGCAAGGGGUUAUUUGUGGCCGAAAACACCACAGAGUUACGUCACUAAACCUGCACGGGCUGAGCUUGUCGGGAACCAUAUCUUCAUAUGCAGGGAACCUCACCUUCUUAAGGUUCCUCAACCUCGCUGGCAACAGAUUUUAUGGGGAAAUUCCCCAAGAAGUUGGCCGUCUGUUUCGUCUAAGACAUCUCAACCUGAGGAACAACACGUUGGGAGGAGAAAUUCCAAUCAACAUCAGCUUUUGUUCAGAGCUUAGGGUUAUGAAUUUGGCCGAUAAUGGCUUAGUGGGGAAAAUUCCUGCCGAACUAGGCUCUUUAAAGAAGCUUGUGACACUUUUCCUUGGUCCAAACAACCUCACGGGAAAGAUCCCACAUUCUGUUGGAAACCUUUCGUCCCUCCAACGUUUCUAUGUAUCAUAUAAUCAUAUGGAAGGAAAUAUUCCGAAUGAAUUGGGACAAAUAACAAGCUUAACUGUGCUCGCGCUGGGACCUAAUAAUCUGGUUGGUUCAAUUCCUUCUAACCUCUACAAUAUGUCAUCCAUCACUGUGCUAUCUGUUUCACAGAAUCAAUUGCAUGGGAAGCUUCCAGCAAAUAUUGGACUCACUCUUCCUAACCUGCAAAUUUUUGGAAUCGGCAUGAACCAAUUCAGUGUAAGUAUUCCACUUUCAAUGACGAAUGCUUCUUAUCUUGAAAUAGUUGACAUCUCUGCCAACAGUUUCACAGGACAAGUCCCAAUCAAUCUUGGAGAUUUGAAAGGUCUUCAACGGCUGAACUUGGAACUCAAUUUUCUGGGCAAUAAUUCAAGUAAGGAUUUGGCUUUCAUAACAUCUUUGUCAAACUGCAGCAAUCUCCAAGCUCUAUCUCUUGCUGAUAACAAUUUUGGCGAUGUAUUACCUAGCACCAUAGUUAAUAUUUCUACCCUUGGUGAUCUAAGUUUAGGAAGAAACCAAAUAUCCGGUAGAAUUCCGGCAGACAUUGGCAAUCUUGUCAAUUUGUGUAUAUUAGGCGCAGAGGAAAACCUAUUUUCUGGCAGCAUUCCCAUUUCUUUUGGGAAGCUUCAAAAUCUGCAAGCAUUGUAUUUGCAUAGAAACAUGUUAUCAGGACACAUCCCUCAAUCCUUAGGUAUCCCAGAACUGCAGCUACCAGCAUGCCCCAUCAAGCCAAAGAAAGAGAAAAAGUCUCCUACUGCCAUUAUCCUUGCAACAAUCAUUAGCUCAAUUGUGCUUUUCAUGAUAAUAACAUCCUUAAGGGUUUUCUACUGGCGAAAAUCCAAAAAAUCAAGAAAGAAUCCAUCAUCCUCUCUUUCAAGGAAUUUAAACCUUCUUCAAAGGCUUCAUGUUGCCAUUGAUUUGUCAUCUGCGCUGCAUUACCUUCAUGACCUUUGUGAAACUCCAAUCAUUCACUGCGACCUGAAGCCAAGCAAUAUUUUGCUUGACAAUGACAUGACUGCUCAUGUUGGUGACUUCGGAUUAGCAAGGCUCCUUUCCAAAACCACAAAUAAUUCUUCUCCAGGCGAAACCAGCUCCAUUGGGAUAAAGGGAACAGUGGGCUAUAUGCCUCCAGAAUAUGGAAUAGGUAGCGAGGCAACAACAUAUGGAGAUGUGUACAGCUUUGGAAUAAUUUUGUUGGAGAUUUUCACAGGACGGAGACCAACUGAUGAAGUGUUCGCAGAUGGUUUGAACCUCCACAACAUUGUUAGGUCUAAGCUACCAGGACAAGUAAUGCAGGUUCUGGAUUCCAAGCUUAUUUCAACAGGAGAAGUGGGAGUAGAAGAAAUCGUUGAAGACAAUGAGAGUGAUGAUGGUCAAAUAGAAAUCCAAGAAAAUAAUGUCAAUAUUGAAAGAUUGAAAUUACAAGGAAGCAAUGUGCAAAAAUGUGUUGUAUCAGUCCUCAAUAUAGGACUCGCAUGCUCAGCAGAACUACCAAGCGAUCGAAUGAAUAUGGGUGACGUCACAAGAAAACUAAGCAUCAUCACGGAGUCUUUCCUUCGUGCAAGGACCCGUAGAGAACGACAAAUUGUAAACCACAAAUAG